AUGCAGUUCGCGUUGCCUCCGCGCAGUCCCCAUCUUCUCCCUCAUGCUCGCUCCUCCCGCCUCCCGAUCUAUCGCAGGAAGCAGCUCAAGACAGUCGCCUUAUUUGGAAUCGCAAUUCUCUCGCUGCUAUUUAUCUGCUCCCGCCUCUCUUCUUCAAGCUCGACAUCCGUUGCGACGCCGACUGGCACGACAGGCGUUGUGAUUGUCACCCUGCUGGAUCGCGAGAACUUCAGCGACAGUUACCUCAAUAAAAUUGUGGCGAAUCGGGAGGACUAUGCCAAACGUCAUGGCUACACGAACUUCUUCGCAACGGUGUCCGACUACAAAGAUGCCGUAGGCGAUGCUCCCAAGAGCUGGGCCCUGGUUCCGGCUAUUCGUCAUGCCAUCGCAUCCCACCCUCGCUCGGCGUACUUCUUCCACCUCAGCUCUCAUGCCUUGAUCAUGAACCCAUCCAAACCCCUCAAAUCACACCUGUUAGAAAAGAGCCGCCUCGAAUCCUUGACGCUGAAGGACGUCCCCGUUGUGCCGCCAGACAGCAUCAUCAAGACCUUCUCGCAUCUGAAAGAGAACGACAUCGACCUCAUUGUGACCCAGGAUAAAGAGGAUGUCAGUCCCGGAAGUUUUGUCCUGAAGAACGGAGAGUUUGCCCGUUUCUUCCUUGAUGUCUGGUUCGAUCCGCUGUUCCGCAGCUAUAACUUUGCCAAGGCAGAGAUUCAUGGACUGGAUCAUAUCAUGCAAUGGCAUCCGACUAUUUUGGCGCGGACGGCCCUAGUCCCUCAACGCACCCUGAAUGCCUAUAGCAAAGACUCGACAGGGGCUUCGUCGGAUGGUACCUACCAGGACGGGGACUUUGUGAUUCGGUUCCCUGGGUGUGAUGACACUAAGGGCAGGGACUGUGUCCAGGAGCUGGAGCCAUACUAUAAGUUGUGGCUAAGGAAAACAAAGACCGAUUAA